GCUUAACCGACCCGAACCCUCGGCGCAUUUCUCAGACACCCUUCUUUCUCUGUUUCCUCUUCAUCUCGCUCUCGGUCUCGGUUCCAUCCGGCCUCCGAUCCCCAGCAGCAAGAAUCAGCGGCCGCGGCGGCGAUGGUGUGCGCUAAGUGCGAGAAGAAGCUCGGGAAGGUGAUCGUGCCUGACAAGUGGAAGGAGGGCGCCAGCAACACCAACGAGAGCGGCGGCCGCAAGAUCAACGAGAACAAACUCCUAUCCAAGAAGAACAGGUGGACUCCAUAUGGAAACACCAAAUGCAUAAUCUGCAAGCAACAGGUGCACCAGGACGCAAAAUAUUGCCACACCUGUGCUUAUUCAAAAGGAGUGUGCGCAAUGUGUGGGAAGCAAGUGUUGGACACGAAACUCUACAAGCAAAGCAAUGUGUGAUCAUAGCUUUACUAAACUGCUAAUAACUUGUAUGAAAUCUUGUACUCGCAAUACAAUCAAGCUAUUGACAAUAGUUAACAGAAAUUAUGUACUUGACUAACAAUUCUGGAAUGGAACACAAAAUGUCUCCAAAAUUAAAGCUCUACGGACUUUAUGC